UGUUAUUUUACCCUUUAUUUUAUCAUAUAUUUUAUAAAAUUUUCUUUUAAAAUAAAAUAUUGUAAAUUAUAAUGCUAGGCAAGAAAUCUUUCAAAGGAGGGAACUUUAAGAAUAACAAGCAGGGAUCAGGGAACAAAUUUAAGGGAGGCCGUCAUGCCCAGGGUAAACCUCAGAAGAAACAGCAUGGUUCCUCUGGAUCAAACAAAGUCGUUGUUGUUCCUCACCGCUUCCCCGGAGUUUAUAUAGCUAAGGGGAAAUCUGAUGCCCUGGUUACCAGGAAUAUGGUUGUCGGAGAAUCCAUUUACGGAGAGAAGAGAAUUGAAGUGACUAACGAAGAUGGAGAAAAGAUCGAAUAUAGAAUGUGGAAUCCUUUCCGUUCAAAGCUGGGAGCCACAAUCAUUGGUGGAGUCGCCAACAUGCCAAUAGGAAUCGGCUCCAAAGUUCUAUAUCUCGGAGCUGCAAACGGAACAACAGUUUCACAUGUUUCUGACAUGGUUGGUCCCACUGGACUAGUUUACGCAGUUGAGUUUUCACACAGAUCUGCUAGGGAUUUGACUAACAUGGCUAAAAGGAGACCUAACAUUGUACCAAUAGUUGAAGAUGCAAGGCAACCACAGAAGUAUAGGAUGUUGGUUGGAAUGGUGGACAUAAUAUUCGCUGAUGUUGCACAGCCGGAUCAGGCAAGAAUCGUUGCUAUGAACGCAGAUCACUUUUUAAAGCCAGCAGGAUGGUACAUUAUUGCCAUCAAAGCAAACUGCGUUGACUCCACCGCAAGUCCCGAGGCUGUUUUCGCAGCUGAGGUUGAUAAACUACGUAAGGAAAACUGCAAACCAAGAGAGCAAUUGACUCUAGAACCCUACCAUAGAGAUCAUGCAGUAGUUAUUGGACAAUAUCGAGUAAAAAAGAAACAAGCAUCUUGAAUUUUAUUAAAUUAUUUAUGUUUUAGCCUUUUCA